AUGCCUUAUUUGGCUGACUGUAAACGAGGAACAGCCAACAGGCAUGGCUACUUCUUGGCGCAGGCUCUACGCUACACUGUGGAGGAGAUCAAUAAUAGCAGUCAGCUCUUGCCCGGCAUCAGUCUAGGCUACCAAACGUAUGACACUUGUUCAGUUCCAGCUAGCAUUCUGGCGACAGUUGAUCUGUUAGCUCAGCAGCAUAACAAAGUGAAUGUGGAGUCCCGAGCUGUGGCACUUAUUGGACCAGACAGCAGCAGCUAUGCCUUCACUCCAGCUGCUGCACUGAGUUCUUACCUGCUACCUGUGAUCUCAUACGAAGCUUCAAAUGAAAUGCUGAGUAACAAAUACCUGUACCCGUCUUUCUUCCGCACCAUUCCCAGUGAUAAGAACCAGGUGCAUGCCAUGUUAGGGAUUCUAGUGAAAUUUAACUGGACCUGGGUAGCCGUUCUCGGCAGUGACAAUUCGUAUGGUCUGCAGGGAAUGUUAAGCCUGUCCCAGCAGGCAUCAGAUUAUGAUGUGUGCAUUGCUUAUCAAGCUGUGAUUCCGAGCCUUACGGCCGACACAUCCCAAAGGAUUCGAGACAUUGUCAGAAAUAUAAUUAAAACUAAAGUAAAUACUAUAAUUGUGUUUUCCAGCAAGAGAAUAGCUAAAGGUUUUUUUCGUUUUGUGAUUGAGGAGAAUGUAACAGGGAAGGUGUGGAUUGGCUCAGAAGACUGGUCUGUUGCAACCCUGAUAUCCGAUGUACCAGGAAUCAGUACUAUUGGCACUGUCUUGGGUAUAGCAAUUAAAUACACAGCUUUUUCUGGAUUUCAAGAUUUUGUAAACCUUUCUCUAAAACUUAGAAAUGUUAGUACUUCCAAUGACAAAAUCAGUGUCCCAUGCUUGCAAAACAAAGACCCAAACAUAAUGGAAGGUCUGCAGUAUGUAAUGGGGAAUUAUGAUAUUACGUCCUCCUUCAAUGUCUAUCAGGCAGUGUAUACUGUGGCUAACGCUUUACACCAUGUCCUCGGGUGUGACUCCAAAAAAUGUCAGAAAAAUGAAGCUCAGCCAUGGCAGGUCCUUCAGCAUUUAAAACAAGUGCGUUUUUCCAUCAGAAACACUUCAGUAUAUUUUGAUAGUAAUGGAGAUCCACCCACAGGAUAUGACAUUGUCUCGUGGGUAUGGAAAAACACAACAUGGUCACUCAGAGUGGUGGGAACAUUUACUCCACAUUCCAUAGAUAUUCAGGUGGACCCUUCUCAGAUUCAGUGGCAGGGAGAGAUUUCAGGAAUAACCAAUGUAAGUGUGCCUGAGUCACGGUGCUCCCCAGAAUGCACCUAUGGGCACAGAAGGCUGCAGAUUGGACAACAUAAGUGCUGUUUCAAGUGCAUAGAGUGCCCUGCUUCCACAUUCCUCAACGAAACUGGAUCUACCAGCUGCCAGUCAUGUAAACAAGACCAGUGGUCUUUACCCAAGAGUGAGGAAUGUCUGAACAGAACAUUACUGUACCUGCGAUGGAGUGCUCCGUUAGCAAUCAUGCUGCUGUUCCUACUGGCACUUACUCUGCUGCUCACCCUGGUCACUGCUGUCAUUUUUCUUCUAAACCUCAGCACCCCGGUGGUGAAGUCUGCUGGUGGUAGAACCUGCCUGCUGAUGCUGCUUUCCCUGACUGCAGCUUCUUGCUGCACAUUGUUGCACUUUGGCCUGCCUUCAAGAGGCACCUGUGUGUUUAGAAAAUCCCUUUUUAUCCUUAGCUUUACUGUGUGCCUGACCUGCAUGACUGUCCGGUCCUUCCAGGUGGUCUACAUAUUCAAAUGGUCCUCAAAAUUUCCCAGAUUCUACGAGACCUGGAUAAAAAAUCGAGGCCCAGAUGUUUUCAUCCUGAUCACCUCCUUGGGGGAAUUUCUCAUCUUUGUAAUUGGUGCGACUGUAAGUCCAUCUGUUCCAUUAAAAAACUAUGAUUUCUAUUAUGACUGUAUCAUACUAGAGUGCAGUAAGAAUAUGGCUCGAGUGCUCGUCGAGAUUCUGUACGUCUUUCUUCUGAGCGUUUUCUGUUUCUGCCUAAGCUAUAUAGGGAAAGACCUGCCAGCCAAUUACAAUGAGGCCAAGUGCAUUACCUUCAGCCUUAUGAUUUAUUUCAUCUCCUGGAUUUCUUUCUUCACAGCCUACAGCAUUAACAGAGGAACUUUAUCUAUGGCCUUAGAGGUGGCUGCCAUACUGUUUAGUGUUCUUGGGAUACUUAGUGGAUACUUUUUACCUAAAGUGUACAUCAUUUUGCUAAAACCUCAAAUGAAUACCACUGCCCACUUUAAAAACUGCAUUCAAAUGUAUACUAUGAACAAAUAAUGUGUGCACAUGUGUAAUAAAGCUCAGUGGGCCAGUGAUAGCUCAGUGGUUAAGGUACUGGACUAGUAAACAGAAGGUUGCCGGUUCAAGCCCCGCCACCACCAAGUUGCCACUGUUGGGUCCCUGAGCAAGGCCCUUAACCCUCAAUUGCUCAUUGUGUAAGUCGCUUUGGAUAAAAGCGUCUGCUAAGUGCUGUAAAUGUAAAUGUCUACUUGAGUUAGUCACGAAAUACUUUUAGUUGCAUUUUUAUGUGAAGCAAAGCAUUAAGUCUACUUUGUAGAAUAAUGGUUGUAGCAUUGCUGAUUGUGAUAAUGUGAACGUUGUUGUUUUAUUCACUUACACUAAAUAGAC